UAUUAUGUUCGGUCCUUUUAGCACUACGUGCUGUAGAUUUUGGAUUUCGUUGUCAUGCAGACACAGUAUUAUAUGCUGUGCUUUCUUCUUUAUGAUGAUCUUUCAGCUCAUUUGGGAACUCGUUCUAUUAAAAAAUGGAUGAUAUUUUACGGGAACUUAAAAUGGAUCAAUUUAUAGAUGCUUUCGAAAAAGAAAAGAUUACACCAGACAUUAAUUGUUCGUUUCUUAAAUCGCAACGAAAUGUUGCAGCUUGGAUUACAUCCUCACGAAAUGACGAAACUUCGAAAUUUCUGCAUAAAUUACGGCACAAAGCAACCGACUCGUCAGAUAUCCGGUUGUGGAGCAUCAAAGUUUUCCAUUCCAAAAGAAAUUUUACAAAAUUUCAUAGACGAUGGCUUUUCCAUUUCAAAUAUUGCCAGCCUUCUUUCGGUGUCGGAGAAAACAAUAUACAGACGAAUGCAGGAAUAUAAUUUAAAAAAGCGGGUCUAUACAGAUAUUGACGAUACAGAAAUAAAAAAAAUAGUGAAGGAUUUAAUAGAGGAGUUUCCCUCAUGUGGUGAAAUAAUGCUUUCACACAUUCUGCGACAAAAGAACAUAAAGAUAGAAAGAGCAAAGUUGAGAUUAAUUUUGCAUGAAAUUGAUAAAGAUGGAAUAAAGGCUCGGAGAUCAGGACGAUUGCAGAGGAGGACAUACCAGUCACAAGGACCAAAUCAUAUCUGGCAUAUCGAUUCUAAUCACAAACUUGUUAGGUGGAAUUUCAUCGUAUCAGGUGGUAUAGAUGGAUUUAGCAGAAUGAUAGUUUUUUUAAAAUGUGAGGACAAUAAUAAAGCUGACACUGUCUUUAGAUGUUUUAUGGAAGGAGUAAAAGAUUUUGGGGUUCCACUGCGUGUACGUACAGACAAAGGAAUGGAAAAUAGUAAAAUAGCAGAUUUUAUGAUUGAAAAGAGAGGAUCUUCAAGUAUGUUAUUGGGGAAAAGUGUUCACAAUCAACGCAUAGAAAGACUGUGGAGAGAUGUUUUUAAUGGUGUUCUUGGCUAUUAUUACAGAUUGUUUUAUUUCAUGGAGGAGGAGGAAAUUCUAGAUCCCUUGAAUGAAGUUCAUCUACUCGGUCUUCAUUACAUAUAUUUACCAAAAAUAAACGAAAAAUUAAAGCUGUGGUCAAACGCAUGGGCCACUCACAGAUUAAGUACUGUAAAAGCUAGUCCCUGGUGUCUUUGGACUGCUGGAAAUUUUAAUAAUCCUGUUGGGGAUGAUGUUUCCGAUAGUGUUGACAAUUUACUAGAACAUGGAUUAAAUGAGUUGGAGGAAAAUCCUCGGCCUAUUUUUGAAGGACUAUCUUUGUUGAACCCACUUUGCUUGGAAGAAUUGGAGAGGAGGUGUCCAGCAACAUGGACAUCUAUAAAUCAUGGGAUAGACAAAUAUCAAAUUUGUGUAGAAGUUUUGAAUAAUUUCAAUUUUUGACUUGUUUUAUUCAAUUUAA